UCGAAUUCAUUUUGCUGCCAGUUAUUCAUGUAUAAAAACCACAAUGAAAACAAAGUUUAUAGGAAAUGAAACAAAAAAGCAACAAAAAAACAGGCAACUCGAAUAAAAUGAUCUUGCUUGUAGACUGUUUAAAAUAAGUUUUGUUUAUUGCUUCAAACCAUAUCGGAAACAAAUUACAUUUAGGUUCAAAUAAACUCCUUUACGAUGGCACGAGGAGGCUUGAUCCACCAAGUCCACAUUGCUGAUGGUUUUGCUGAUGACUGCGAAGAGUUAAUUCAUCGUUGGUUGAAAACAGAGACAUUUACCUAUGAAAUGUUCUGCCAAAUAUGGAAAGACAUGAAAUUUGGAUCUUUAUAUCAUGGAAGGACAUGCGCCCCCGAGAUUGCAGAAUUAUCUGAAGAAUUGAUACAAAUAGCAAAGCAUUAUAUGGUUACCAAUACAAGCAAUUUUGAGGAGUCAGUGGCGGGCAUGUUCAUUGUGUAUGCUCUAAUCCACCUCCAACCUUAUUCCGAGUUUGCUGCCUUGAGGAUUGUCCCAGAAGACGUAGCCGCUCUUAACAAGAUUGAGGCGGUCGCGCGCGCGAAGAAACGUUAUGAUGUGCUAUACAUCCUGGGCUCGCUGCUGAUCGAGGGGCCGGUGCAGUAUCACGCGGCUGCUCGGGAACACGGGAUAGAGUCCGGCAUCAGGAAGUACUUGGAAGGUUGCUCAAGCAUAGACAGACUAGGGUUGCGACCCCGCGGCGUCUUUUACCGGCAAACUGAAGAAUUGGAUCUGUUGAGGGAACUGCGGGUCAUCACCAAGCGGUACUCUCAGGCUAAAGAGGCCAUAUCAGGCAAUAACAGCCGUGACCUAAGCUACUUCAACGCCAAGUUCCCAGAAGAACUGGACACUUCCCUCAAGAAGGUCAUCGACGGUAUCCCUGAGAAGAGUGAAGACACCAAAGAGAGUAAUGACACUUCGAUGAAAGCCAUCAAAGAGAAAGCUAUGAAGCUCUCAGUGGACGGCAUGAGGCAUCUACAGAGUGCCACCGCUAAGAACAAAUCUCCUAAGAAACAGAGUCCCAAGAAAGCCAUAUGCGAAAUCAAACAGAAACCUGGUGGUGUUCGUCGACAAAGCCCCAAACCAGUUACUUUAGUCAAACGCAAAACAUCGGGAAAAUUGCCAAAAGCCAAGAAGCGGAAACGUAAAAACUCAGAUUUCAGUUCUAAUAAAGACCAGUCUACACCGCCUAAUGAAACCAAUAGUGACAACCAUACUGAUACAUCCAAUGAUAUAAACCUUGAUAAUUUUGAUAAAGAAAAGAUCAUUGAUAGCAAUAAUGAUGAUACUACUGAUGCUUCCGAUGAUCUAAUCCUCGAUGAUUUUGCUAAAGAAAAGAUCAUUGGUGAUACUAUAAAUGAUAAUACUACUGCAACGUCCAAACAGCCAAACCUAGAUAACGUUGAAAACCAACAUGCAGAAGAGAAAGAAAUAUACAUCUCCAUAGAUUGCUUACCAGUUUACAUCAGAGAAGAGCAAGGAGGUAAAUUGUAUGAGAUCGAGAUUAUUGAUGAACUAAAGUCGAAAUUGAAGGACGAAAAACAAGAGAAAGCUAUAUCGAAAAAUUUAGAAGAUGGUGAAGGUACUUCUGAGGGUGUUAAUGAAAAAGCAGAAGUAGCAGAAUUUAAACCAGCCCCCGUUAAGCGGCAAACGAAGCAGAAUAAGGAAAUAGAUAAGAAGACACACAGUCCUCUUCUGAGAAGGAAGGAGAAGAGAGAUCUUAAAAAGCCAGUUAUGAAGUCGAAGUUCAAACGGUUGGGUAUGUUGAAAGUUGCUAAUUUUAAUGAUGAUGAUAAAAGUGCUGGGGUUAAGAAAAAGGAAAAAGAUUGAGAUGGUGUGACGAUUUGGAGGUCGUAGAAAUAGAGAAUGGACCAGUGUUCCCUGUCCAACUGUUCAGUAAAACUGGGCAGACAAGUGUGAGAGAGACAAAGCGAUAGUGCGGCA